UGCCCGAAGCUGGCAGAGCCCGGUGCACUCGGCCCGCAGCCUGCACGCACCGCGGUGCGGGCUGCACCCUUGGGUCUCCACGGCUCUAGAGCCGAACUCGCGUCCCUGAGUCUCAACAGGUCAACGGAGGUGACGAGGACGCCCCAGCCGGGACUGGAGGACCCAGGAGCUAGAAGAUGAACACCUUCCACUGACCAACAACAAUGGCAUUCAAGGGCAGCCGCAGCAGCAGCUUGUACAAUGAAGAUAGAAACCUGCUUCGGAUUAGAGAGAAGGAAAGACGCAACCAAGAAGCUCACCAAGAGAAAGAGGUGUUUGCUGAGAAGACCCCUCUGUUCGGAGAGCCCUACAAGACUGCAAAAGGUGAUGAGCUGUCCAGUCGGAUACAGAACAUGCUAGGAGACUACGAAGAGAUGAAGGAGUUCUUGAGCGCCAAGUCUUGCCCUCAGCGCCUGGAUGGUUCUGAAGACAGGCCAGGGAAGCCGAGAUACCCUUCAUUUCACGACAGGGGGAGCAGCCUGGCAUGCAGCUCCUUCCGCACGCACGUCUACCACCACCAGCCUGUCCAUACUUCUUCUGCCCCGGGAUCACUUUCUGUCGGUAACGUUAGCCACAGUCCAAAGAUGGCACCACCAAGGAUGGAAUCAGUGCCAGGUCUCCAUGCCAAACACCAUGGCCCUCCCGACAGCCAGCAUCUGACUCAAGAUCGCCUCAGUCAGGAGGGGCACUGUUCCAGCCACAGAAAGUGUGACCGCAGAGCCGACGGUGACUCGGCUCCGGAGAUGAAGCUCUCACCCUUGAUCUCCUCUCUGCCGUCGCCGGUGCCACCCCUGUCACCUGUACAUUCCAGGCUGCAGGGACCCAGCAAGGCCCGCGGUGGCGGCGGCAGCUCCAGCAGUAAAAGCUACUGCGCAGCCACGUCUUCCAAGGACCUGGUGGCGAAGGUGCAAGAGAACGAGACUGCCCAGGACAGUCUGGUGGCAGUUACCGCCAGCCUUGGGGUAGCCCCUCCUCAGACAUUUCCACCCCCUCCCCUCCCCUCAAAGAGUGUUGUUGCAAUGCAGCAGAAGCCCACGGCCUACGUCCGGCCCAUGGACGGUCAGGAUCAGGCUCCCAGUGAGUCCCCCGAGCUGAAGCCGCCACUGGAAGACUACGGUCAGCAGAGCUUCGAAAAACCAGACGUCAAAGUGCCCGCCAAGGCCAAGCUCACCAGACUGAGGAUGCCCUCGCAGACGGUGGAGCAGACGCUCUCCAAUGAAGUUCACUGUGUUGAAGAGAUUCUGAAGGAAAUGACUCACUCGUGGCCCCCUCCUCUGACAGCCAUACACACGCCCAGUACAGCUGAGCCGUCCCGGUUUCCUUUCCCUACAAAGGAUCCUCUGCACGUCAGUACUGCGACCCAAAGCCAAAAACAAUAUGAUACGCCUUCCAAAACCCAUCCCAGUUCCCAGCAAGGAACAUCCAUGCUCGAGGAUGACCUGCAGCUCAGUGACAGUGAAGAGAGCGACAUUGAACAGGCUGCAGAGAAGCCUCCGUCCCCAUCUGCACCUCCAAGCGCUCCACAGACGCUUCCGGAACCAGUGGUGUCGGCACGUUCCAGUAGUGCAGAGUCCGAGAGCAGCAGCGCGUCCGACAGCUCCUCAGACUCAGAGAGUGAGAGCAGCUCCAGUGACAGCGAGAACGACGAGCCCCUAGCAGCCCCGGCUCCCGAGCCUGAGCCUCCGACAACAAACAAGUGGCAGCUGGACAACUGGUUGACCAAGGUCAGCCAGCCCUCGGCACCCCUCGACGGUCGGGGGAGCACAGAGUCUCCACGCUGGCGCCAGGAGAGUAAGGAUGGGGACCGCAGCUCUGACCAGCAGCACCCGGAGUCCAGAGACCCUCCCCCGAAGAGUUCCAGCAAAGCUCUCCGAGGGGCCGCUGAGGGGCCCCAGCCUGGGAAGAGGAGCUGCCAGAAAUCCCCUGCUCAGCAGGAGCCCCCACCUCGGCAAACUAUCGGAACCAAACAACCCAGGAAACCAGCCAAGGGCUCUGGCCAGGCAGAGCCCCAGGUCAACUUGCAGGUGGAGAGUGAACCUGGACCCUUUCCCUAUGGCUCGAAAGAGCAGACUUCCAAAGACAAACCCAAGGUGAAGACGAAAGGCAGGCCUCGUGCCGUAGGCAAUAGGGAGCCUAAGCCUGAAGCUCCUGUGCCCAAGCCCCAGGCAGCCGUGCCCACCCCCAACGAGAAGAGGAAGCACAAGAGUUCCCCGGCCCCCUCCAAGGCACUCUCAGGCCCUCAGCCUCCAAAGGACAAUGCUGGGGACAGGAACCCUGAGCACUUUGCUCUUGUCUCCUUGUCCCAGUCCCACAGUGGCAGGGGCGGCAGUGGCGUCAGGACUAGUGGCUGCCGACAGGCUGUGAUUGUCCAGGAGGACGGCCGGAAAGACAGACUCCUGCUACCCUUGGGAGACACCAAGUUGCUCUCACCACUCAGGGACACUCCGCCACCGACGAGCUUGGUGGUGAAGAUAACCCUCGACCUUCUCAGUCGGAUUCCCCAGCCCCUGGGGAAGGGGGGUCGCCCUCGGAAAGCGGAGGACAAGCAGCUGGCAGCAGCGAAGAAGCAGGACUCCGAGAAGAGGAGCUGUGACAGCUCCAGCAGAGGGAGCAAGAAGAGAAAGCAGCAGGCUGACUCAGAAAAAGACCAUGACAACAAGAAAAUCAAACUGGAGAAGGGAGUCCAACCGCACUGUGCUCCCUCAUCUUCCCACCCCGAAUCUUCCAAAGCGAAGACACCCAGGCCCUCCUCAGAGUCCUCAAGAAAGGAAAUGCUUCCUCCUCCACCUGUGCCAUCCUCCUCCUCCUCCUCCUCCUCCUCCUCCUCCUCCUCCUCCUCGUCGUCGUCUUCCUCCUCCUCCUCCCAGAAGUCAACCAAAACUGCACACAAGAGGUCAAAGCCGGAUGCAGACGCCUGUAGUCAGGACCCUCCCAAAAGUGCCAGCAGCGCCAAGAGCAACUCCAAGGACCCUUCCGUUCCCAAGCACAGAAAAGUGCAGGCCAGGGGCCCCGAAUACAAAGGGUCUUCUGGAGAAGCUGCAAACCCUUUCCCAGUGCCUUCUUUGCCAAAUGGUAACUGUAAACCAGGGAAGCCUCAAGUGAAGCCUGACAGACAGCAAGCUGACUUUCACAUGAAGGAGGCUAAAAAGUUGAAAUGCAAAGCAGAGGCAAUGGCGGACAAGGCUGGAAAGGCCUUCAAGUAUUUGGAAGCUGUCCUGUCCUAUACUGAGUGUGGGAUGGCCACCGAGUCAGAAAGCUCGGCCAAGUUGGCGUACACUGUGUACUCGGAAGCUGUAGACCUCAUUAAGUUCACAAUGUCACUAAAAUCCUUCUCAGAUACCACGGCGCCAGCACAAGAAAAGAUAUUUGCCGUUUUAUGUUUGCGCUGCCAGUCCCUGUUGAACAUGGCGAUGUUUCGCUGUAAAAAAGACGUGGUAAUGAAGUAUUCUCGCACUCUUAGUGACCACUUCAAGAGUUCUUCCAAAGCGGCCCAGGCACCUUCUCCAUGCAUGGCAAGGAGCACAGGCGUUCCGUCCCCCCUCUCCCCGAUGCCUUCUCCUGCCAGCUCCGUAGGGUCCCAGUCGAGUGCUGGUAGCAUGGGGAGCAGUGGGGUGCCGGCCACCGUCAGUACCCCGGUCACCAUCCAGAACAUGACCUCCUCGUACGUCACCAUCACAUCCCACGUCCUUAAGGCCUUCGACCUUUGGGACCAGGCGGAGGCCCUUACAAAGAAGAAUAAAGAAUUCUUUGCUCAGCUCAGCACAAAGGUGCGUGUCUUGGCCCUCAACAGCAGCCUGGUGGACCUGGUGCACUACACAAGACAGGGUCUGCAGCGGCUGAAACAAGCCCCCAAAGCUCCCUAAUGCAGGCUGGGCUUACCCAAUGCCUUGGAAUGUCUUUGCACAAUUGGAAGCCUUGAUCCAGUGUAGACGACUGUCUGAUCGGGAUGUUGACAACACUCAAGAAGUGAAGCGCCGUGAGAUGGCCAGUACGCUUGCCCACUUAAACUCACAAGCCUGCGUGGCCAUCAGCUGGACACUGGUUAGCAGAGCGGACGAUGGUAAAUGAUCUGCCUUUCCCAGUGGAAGGACAGAAGUGCAAUGGAGCCUAACUGGCGUAUGAAUGGUCGAGACACAUUUCUGGUUUUUAUUUUCUGUUGGUUUGGACAAUAGGAUACAAGUUGAACUGAAAGGAAGAGAGGCAGAUUCCUGUCAUCUCAGUAGCCACACUAGUUCACUUCCAGAAGGAAUUUUUUUUUUAAAUAAUAAUAAUUUUUGGUGAAGGGUUUUAUGGGUAUAUAUUUUUUCUUUUCAAGUUUUAAAGAAAACAUUGUUUAAUAAAUUCUAAUGGCCACCUGUAAAAUAGAAGUUGUGAAGGAUUCCACUGUGCCUCACUUCCGGCAGUGAACAGUGGCUCUGACACUGAGUAUUGUCAUUUAGAAGAUUGAAGGUGACGCCUCCCCCCUCUCCCCUCCCCCAGUGCCUAGAGUCCUGCACACUGUCUAGCUCUGGUCUCUUUGGCUGCACUGAGAGCAUCCCAGGUCAGCCCUAGAGGAGCGGCAGCAUUUAGAUCCAGGAUCCGUCUUACCGUCUUCCCGGCAUCCCAGGAAGCUUCAUACUUCCUGCUGCCACACUCCUGGAACGUGACUGGCUAAGCAACGCCCUCUAUUGUUUUACAUUUCCCACGGUGCGUGUGGGCAAAGGGAGCCAGUGUCUGCCUUGGGCAGGAGGCUGAUGUACCUCAUCAUCUGUCUCCUAGAGCCCCAGGUGCCGCCGGAGCCGUGGCAGCUGGUGCCUCAGUGAACGAACUCGAGAUCUUCCUACAGAGGCUGUAUUUUUCUGCUACAAAUUAUAUUUAUAGCAAAACUCAACUUUUCCAAAGCCCUUGAUUAUCCAGGGGAUACUGCCUCCCUGAGAGGAUGUGGAGAUUUGGGGGGAUUAAUUCAACUUAAAAAAAAAAAAAGAAA